AUGAAUGUGCUGAGUGAGAAGGCAAUAUACAGACUUGUUUUUAAAAGCAAGCGACCUGAAGCUGAGGCCUUCCAAGACUGGGUGUUCGAUAUCAUCAAGACGCUUCGCCAAUCAACAGGCCUCGAAGGCUUUCAAGUCUUUCGGAUGCUCGACAAGGAUCAUCAGAAAGAGGCUAUGCAGAAGCUCAGAAAAAGUCUUAAAGAUCCGGUACGUGUUGACUUCAUCAAGGCGAACACCAUUGCGAAUAAGGCUGUGUCAAGCAAAUACGGACAUCCGAAGAUGAUCAAGAAAGACCAGAUGACUCCAGACAUGUUGGUGAGUAGACAGGAAAUUCUGGAGGAUACAGUGGACCUGAUAGGAACGACAGAACGAUUUGGACUUGAGAUUGGAGUAUCUGAAACGAUCUACAAAAAGCAUCUCCAU